UUUUGGUUUUUAAUUAAACUAUAUAAUACUAAAGUUGAUCGACCAUCAUUCAUUCCUUUAUCGCACAUUGAUUUAAACGCUUUACCGAAAUGACAAUUUCUUUAAAUAGUGUAACCGAUGACUACGGAUUUUGAAACAAAUUGGCAAGAAAUUUUAAAAAAGAAGAACGUUUGCAGUCAUUAAUUGGGACAGAAUUAAAAAAAUUGUCUUGCAAAGUUGAAGGAAAGAAAGGGAUCAUGGGAAAAGGACGCGCAUCAAAGGGGAGAACGUGGGCAAUUGUGACAAUUGUGACUGUUGCUUUGAUUGUGGCGGUUGGACUUGGUCUAGGUCUUGGUCUGAGAAGAAAAGAUGAUGACAAAUCUAAAUCAGACACUGUGUCAGCGACUACAAUUAACCCUCCACCAACGACCACACACUCGCCUUUAUACAACCCUCCGUCGGAGUCGAAGGAAGGGAAAUACAGGUUCGCCGCUGUGGCAGCUGACUCGGAAGAAUGCUCCAAAAUUGGAAAUCACGUGAUGGCGGUGCAAGGCGGAAGUGCUGUCGACGCAGCAAUCGCCGCAAUUUUGUGCGUCGGCGUUAUGAAUGCCCAUAGUUGUGGUAUUGGCGGAGGACAUUUUCUGACAUAUUACAACAGACAGGAGAGAAAGUCAUAUACAGUUAUUGCACGUGAACAGGCGCCCUCGAAUGCCUCGGAGGAUAUGUUUACCGAGGGCAAAAACACCUCGUCUGAAAGUGGCGGCGUGGCUAUUGGUAUACCGGGUGAGAUUCGAGGUCUUUACGAAAUCUGGAAAAUUGGUGGUCGGUUGCCAUGGAAACAGUUAUUUCAACCAACAAUCAAGCUGUGUAGACAUGGAAUAACCGUCGGGCCUGCUCUAUUUGAUGGGGUCUCUAACAAAGAAAAAUUCUUCGCUGAAUACCCGUCAUUCAGAGACUUUAUAACCAAUCCUAGAACAGGAAAGUUAUAUCAGAUCGGUGACGUCAUGUACCGUCCCAAACUGGCCAAAACCCUGGAGAUAAUCGCCGACGAUCCAUUCUCCUUCUAUAAUGGAAGUCUGGCUGAAAAUAUAACGCAAGAUAUACAAGAUGCUGGAGGAAUUAUAACACGGGAGGAUCUGGCCAAUUACACCGCGCCUGUCAAAGCACCUCUUGUAAUAAAACUGCAUGAAAAUAUGACUGUAUACUCCCCACCACCGCCAUCUAGCGGAGCCGUUUACCAGUUCAUACUGAACAUACUUACAGGUUUCGAACUUGAUCAAUCUAGUGUAUCAACUGUAGAUAAAGCUCUGGUGACCUGGCACAGGAUUGUUGAAGCGUACAAACACGCUUAUUCUCUGAGAACUGUGCUGGGAGAUGGUGAUGUCGGCUCAGAUUCAUUUAAAGCAUUUAUCAAAGAGUUGGUUGAGAACAUGACGGAUACAAGUUUUGGGGAAAUGAAACGAGCCCUCAUCAAUGACACAACUACAUUCGGGACGGAAUACUAUAAUCCAAUGUUCAGUAAUCCAUGGGACCAUGGUACAGCUCAUCUCUCAGUCCUCGGACCAAACGGGGACGCUGUUUCUAUAACAAGUACCAUAAAUUUACAUUUCGGGUCAAAGGUUAUUGGAAGUCGAACUGGAAUAAUUUUUAACGAUGAAAUGGACGACUUUUCUACACCUGGGCUUACGAACUUUUUCGGCGUUCCUCCGUCUGCUGCUAACUUCAUAUCACCAUGGAAACGACCUUUAUCAUCCAUGACCCCAAGUAUAGUUGUCGAUGGUAACGAAGAUGUGAAACUAGUUGUUGGUGCUUCAGGAGGAACUCGCAUUACAACUUCAACGGCUCAGGUUACAAUGGAAUCUUUGUGGUUUAAGUGGGGUAUAAAGGAAGCAAUAGAUUACCCACGUAUACAUCAUCAACUAUUUCCUCAAGAAAUCAGAUUUCAACAGGGAUUUCCACAGGUAUUGAUUAAUGGUUUACAAGGCAUGGGUCAUAACAUCUCAAUCCAUGAAAGUGCUGGUGCCGUUGUUCAAGGAAUAUUGAAAUCCGGGGACCAGAUUACAGCCAAUUGUGAUUAUAGAAAACAUGGGGCACCAGACGGAUAUUAAUAAUCAUUCAUGAGCACGUUGAUACAUUAACAUCAAAUGUUUAUUUACCGUUGCAAAAUGUACUUCCGCGCAUAGCAAAUAAUCCUUGGAUAAAGUUAUAUAAUUAAAAAGUUGUUAUAUAAAAACAAGAUUUCUUUGUGUUACUUUGGCAUGUACAUUUUGCAACGGUAGGCAAAUCUUACCAUAGUUAAAUAUAUUGUUUGCAGCUUUAAACUUUAGUUUUGUACUUUUAUGAAUUCAUACAUAUCAUUUUAUAUUUGGAUUGUAUAUCAUGUAUAUAUAUAUUUUUUUUCUGUGAAAUCCAGAAUUAAAUAAAUUUAUUUUCAUACGCUU